GUCUUGUCUUCGCACGCGCGGCGCCAUGGAACCCCGCACAACUUCUUGGCGCGCGGGGUUUGCGCGAUCGCUCCGCUCGAGCACGCUCGAUUAAAAAAAAAAAAAACACACAAAUAAAACAAAUAACCAGCGAUCGGUGACAGCAGUGAAGAUGGACCCGCUGUUCGCGUACACAGACUCGCCGGGGAACUGGAGCGCGGAGACCAACGGCACGGACUCGCAGUACUGGAACCAGUUCACGCAGCCUGCGUGGCGCAUCGCGCUCUGGGCGCUCGCGUACAGCGCCAUCGUGCUGGUGGCCGUGGUCGGCAACGUGACGGUCAUAUGGAUCAUCGUGGCGCACAAGAGGAUGCGCACCGUCACCAACUACUUCUUGGUCAACCUGGCGUUCGCAGAGGCGUCCAUGUCCGCCUUCAACACCGUCGUCAACUUCGUGUACGCGGUGCACAACGAGUGGUACUUCGGCCCGGGAUACUGCCGCUUCCACAACUUCUUCCCCAUCGCCGCCGUGUUCGCCAGCAUCUGCUCCAUGACCGCCAUCGCCGUGGACAGAUACAUGGCCAUCAUCCACCCUCUGAAGCAGCGGCUCUCGUCCACGCAGACCAAAGUGAUCAUCGGCGUGAUCUGGGUGCUUGCUUUCCUGCUUGCCUUCCCGCAGUACUACUACUCCGACGUGGACCAGCUGCCCGGGCGCAUCGUCUGUUACAUCGAUUGGCCUGAAUACACCAUCAUGGACUUUCGCAAAAUAUAUUACGUCUGUGUGGCUGUUCUGAUUUACUUCCUGCCGCUGUUGGUGAUGGGUUGUGCUUACCUGGUGGUGGGGCUCAACCUGUGGGCCAGCGAGAUUCCCGGAGAUUCCUCGGGUCGCUACCAGGAGCAGCUUACCGCUAAACGCAAGGUGGUGAAGAUGAUGAUCGUGGUCGUGUGUACCUUCGCCAUUUGCUGGCUGCCGUACCACGUCUACUUCCUCCUUCAUCAGUUCUUCCCUUUGCUCUUUGAGAAGCCCUUCAUCCAGCAGGUCUACUUGGCUGUCAUGUGGCUCGCCAUGAGCUCCACCAUGUACAACCCCAUCAUCUACUGCUGCCUGAACGACAGAUUCCGUGCUGGCUUCAAGCAGGCAUUCCGCUGGUGCCCAUGUAUUCACGCCGACUCCUACGAAGGCCUGGAGCUCAAGUCGACGCGUUACCUGCAAACACAAACAAGUCUGUACAAGACGAGCCGGGCGGAGCCUACCGUGCCGGUCGUCAACAGUCCAUCUCUAGAGCUGGCGUCCAACGGCUCGUCAUCUCGCAGCAUGUCCAAGACGGUGUCGGAGACGUCCAGCUUCUACUGCGCCAACAACCUGCCUGCCUAGGAGCUCUUACCAUCAGCAGAGGAACAUAACGAAGAACCAGUCGUAACGGAACGAGUAAAAACCAUGGAUUUACUGACCUCUGCAAAACGUCAUCCGUGUAUAAUUGUUUUCUGUAGAAUCAUUUUGACAGACCAUUUUAAGCAGUCUUUUUUUUCUUUUUUUUCCUUUUUUUAAUCUAUUGUGUCUGUUAUGAGCAAGGUUGAUUCAGAAUUAUGACCAGAUCCUAUGUAUAGCAGCCAGGAAAUGGAGUAAGCUGUGAAGUGACAGUACAGUGUUGAUGGAUCCAUUCACCUACAUAAGAAAUAGACGAAUCAUAUCAGUUUUAUGUAUUAUGACGCACUCUGAGUGAGUAUCAGAAGCACUUGUUAUAAGGGAAGUGCCAAAAGCAGAGAAAGUUAAUGAAAUGCUCCAAGUUAUAAAAUGUUCAUGGAUCCAUUUAUCUCAGUGGUUGGGGCUACUGCUUAGACGGGACGUUUCUUCUUCAAAUCUGAGCGUUCCCAGACUGGCGCUGAUGGGGUACACGAUCAAACCCGUGAAGGACUCGAUCGUCACCGGUAUGUGUUAGAUAAUUAAGUGUAAAUAGACACUCUGUUUGAUCUGUUAGUCGGAAUUGGUCUAGAUGGCAAAGAAACAUGUUGAAAUCCAUGCUGAGCUAAAUGUGUUAAAAGGUUGACUUUCAGCGAGCCAUACGUUUAUCCCGUACCAAAAACUGAUGGGUGCAUUUAUCUGCCUAUGACCCUAUACUCUCCGUGACGCACCAUGGAAACAUGGAAAUGGUUUGUGUUUGUGUAAGUGCCUCACAAAGCAUUCACAGUGUCUAUAAUCCGGUGUGGGUAGUUUUUAUUUCUUCGCUUUUUCAAUUCGUCUGAAGCUGCAUUCUGGCCACCCUUUUAUCAAUGAAAUGACUGACCACAUGCUUCACUCCCCGGACGUGAGCAGAGCCCUUGGGAUGGGAUGAGAACACCGUCACUGAAGCGUUUUGUGGUGCAGAGUACGAGAACCGGCUGCAGUGUAUUACCGUUUACAUUUUACUAGCAUGUAAUAUUGUGGAUUUUGGUGUAUCAUAUACAAUGCCUAAACACAAUCUCUCUGCCUGUAUGUCUCUGUGAAUGUGUUUCUUCUUUUUAUCAGGGUAUUGGGGAAGCUGCUGUGUCUCUGAUCAGCUUGGUUUGAAAUCCGCAGGAAGUACAUUUCAAGUCCAAAUGGGAUCCAGAGUUUCCUGGACCAUAUGCAAUCAUUGACUAGGAGUCUAACUUUAAAGAUCUUGGAGUAAAAUAGCUUCUGGCAUUAUACAGAAUCAGACCAGGCAGUAUGGGGGAUGAAUCCAUGCCAGUCACUUACGGGUAGAUUAAAAAGCCCUGAAUAUAAUAUCUGAACUUGGCAACAGAUGCAUAUUCAGUUGCAUUUAUACUGUAGAUGUGGCCGGAAAGCUUCAUCUCUGAUAACGCUUAGGGUUGCACUGCCAAAACGUAAUCAAGGGUUUCUUUGGUUUAGAAAUUCUAGCAGUUCUGAUUCCAUGUGGCUUUGGCUUUGUCACUGCGUUUCGGAAAAAGAAUUGUAAUAGAAACGAUUGUUUGUCUUAAUCGGUCUUGUCUUUUCAGCGCUCAGCCAGCGUCCCCCUCCCCACCACCAUUCGGCCGUUCUCGGCUUAAGCGUUCACGCACAAAAUUAACUCUGGAGUCAUGCCCUGGAGUUUUAAUUUUAGCCUCCCGUCAACACAUGGUGCACGAAUCUGACAGGGGAGGCGGAGGAGUGGAAGGGAUUUGCUGGUGCUGUUGUUGGGUGGCAUUGAAAGACAGAAAGGAGGACGGAUGGGUUUGGAGGAGGGGUAGCGCACCUGUUGUUUCAUAUUAUGCAGUGUGGUAUGUGACAGUAGUAUCAGUUUUCGAGGCAGGAAGAGGACAUGGAGUGUUUUAAGGGAUCAAACUGUACUGGUAGAAUGAAUGGUGAAUAAUGCUCAGGACGAUUUUAGGAGAUGUGGAGAAGUUUGGACAGAGCACCCGGGGGCCUGGUCCUCUAGUCAAGAUUUGGUUGAAUUUCAUCACUAAUGGAGAACUGUCAGAAAUUAAAUAGGAAGAUUAUGCAGCUCCUGGAAUGGUCUAGGUUCCAUCCAUUCAUCCAUCCACGUCUAUCAAUUAUCUGUAUACUGCUUAUCCUGUGUUUAUCACCAAGAUCUCAAGGCACGAGGUGGAGGUGCCACCCAUUGCAAUGCACUUGCACACAAUUACACACAAUCACACAAUUGGAAAUGGCAAUUAGCCUACACUGCAUGUCUUGGAGGAAAGACACUAAACACAGGGAAAAGCGUGCAAACUCCACACACACACACACACACACACACACAAAUGCGGGCAAGUAUUGAACCACCAGCUCUGGAGGUGUAAGAAGGAGUCAGCAUUAACCACUAUACCACUGUUCCAGAUUAUAACACUACAAAAUACCUACAAGUUCAAGGAAUAUGAAUAAUCACACAAGUAUACAAGCAGUGUGUGGUCUCCAGGUGGUGUAAUUUAUUUAUUUAUUUUUUCAAUACAGACUUGUCCUUGUCCUAGAAUAGAGCCCAAACAGUCUGAAUGUCUGUAAACACAUUCUGUCCUGGGAUGCCAAAGCAAGUUUCAGCAUUUUCACCAUAAUCCUUCCAAUAGCCUGUUGAGACUUAAUUAGACAAGAACCUCUGCAGAUUCUCUUCUGUCCUACUUAUAUAAAUAUAAAUAGUUGGAAAAUAUAAUACUGUAGAUGCGAUUACAGGCAACUAAUCAACGUCAGGGUGUCAACAGUAUCUCCGUGUCCAAGAAUGUAUCAUUUCUUCCUGAAUUUGAUAUUCAUAUGAUUGCAUCACCUUAGCUAGAUGGUGUUUAUCCCUGUCCUGGUUAUAAACAUUUCCAGAUAUCACAGUACAAAUUCACAUAUCCCCUUAACUCAAAUAUUCUAGAUUGAUGUUGGAUGUACGGUACAUUUUGCCUAGCUCGUUGAUGCCAAGUCGGGAUGCCGUAUUGCACGCAGAGUCUCUUGUCGGUAUGCGCUCUACGGGACAUAAAACUCUCAUCACAGCUCAUUUGUCUAAACACAGCACCUGCUGAGAGCCGUGGACGUGCUGUAAAACGCCUCUGCUGUGCGUGAACCGUGUGUUGCCUGUCUAUCAUAAUCAUAACCGGCUGACCAGCAACGAAGAGCGUCCUACAGUAGGUUCACGCCAGAGUUCCUCCAAACACCACAAAUCCUAAAUAAGCUCAAUUAUCAGGGAGAUUUUUUUUCCUCCUUCUUCUUCUGGUGUUUUGCCAUUUCCAAAUUUCAGGCCACCUGCUGCAAUUGUGUCUCUCCAAAUUAGUCACGUUUUACCAUGCGCCUUUACGAUGACUGCCAGGCAUUGUUCUUAGAUUUUCUGUGAAGAAAUAAUCGCUAGCUUUGGGUUUAAUAUGAAAUCUCUCACAACCUCCUCACUGUGGAGUCAAACGCAAAUCGCCAAGAGGAAAAAGAAAAGAAGCGUCUACACACAUGGCACAAACGUUAUCGCUAGACUGGUUUUCCAGUGUCGUAGGGUGCUCUAGAGGAAAAUAAAGCUUCCUCCUCAUUUUUGGUUGGUCUUGGUUUUAGAUCAGCCAUUGAUCACACGAGUGUGAAAUCAUUCUGGCUAAAACUCAGCUUGGAUGAUAUUGACUGGAAAAAUGCAGAGCUGUUAAAGCUGUUAAAAGCCUCACAGACUUGAGGAUAGACGGGGCAACAAUAAAAUAUCCAUCGAUUCCCGCAACAAUGUCUCAGGGUUUUGAGAUCAUCUGGUUCUGGGGAUAAUUGUGCCAGCAUGGUUUCGCUUGACCGGACUAACAAACCCACUGAAACAUCAAACCGUCUGAGAGUUUUUCAUUUACAACUUUUUCAUGAUUUUUAAAAUUUCAUUUUAAAAUGUGCUGUUUGAACAGUGCUUUGUGUCUAAUUUAAUAAAGUAAUAAAAUUUGUCGCUACUUAAUCGACUACCACUUAUUCAUCUUCUAUACCGCUUUAUCCUGUAUUUAGGGUUGCGGGGACCUGGAGCCUAGCCAAGGAGGCUUAGGGAACAAGGCGGGGUACACCCUGGACAGGGUGCCAAUCCAUCACAGGGCACACACAAAUACACACUUUAGACAGUUUGGGAACGCCAAUUAGCCUAAUCUGUAUAUUUAUGGAUUGUGGGAGGAAACCGGAAUACCCAGAGGAAACCCACCAAGCACGAGGAGAAAAUCCAAACUCCAUGCACACAGAGACAUGACUCAAGCCUGGCCGGGAAUCAAACCUGGACCCUGAAGGUGCAAGGCGACAGUGCUAACCACUACCCCACCGUGCCACCUUGAACCGACUAGCACUCUGGUACAAAUCCAGCUAGCAUGGAAAGGUCCAAAGUCAUGCUAUAAUCACUUAAACCUCUUGCUGUGUGAGAAUAUCCCAGACAUCAAGAUGAAGACGGCUAACAGUGUUAACCCAGAAAGUACCAUCCAGACCUUCCAGACACAGACUUACUUUUUUAGAGCCUCGGUGAUACAGAUCCUUAAAAACCUAAACACCUAUUAAACACGCACAGUCGCUUCUAGGGCUGCUCUUAGACAAGAUGAAAUGUUUAAGAAGAGUAGCAAGGAGAAAAAUUAAGUGUAAAAACAAAUAUAAACACAUUAAAGUGAAGCUGGCAGGGGAACUGCAAACAUACGUGUGUGUGUGUGUGUGUAUGUUUAAAGGACAGCGCACUGCGAGAGCCUGGGUGGAUGUUCUCAUCAGCUCCAUCUCUCUCCAAUAAGAGUAAUUACCCAAGAGACGACAGCGCGGCGGACAGAACAACAGCUGUGCUAUUCGCGUGCACACACACAUACACACUCUUCACAACUCUAUCCUAAAAUACGAUAGGGCAGCCGUAUUUCACGCUCCGCUGUGUAAGCGAUUUUUUUUGUAAAAUCCGAGGAACCGCACAAUACCCACGAGUCAUCCUUUUGUUUAAAGGUUCUAUUGUGUUCAUAUUCUCGUGUGUAUGCAUAGAAGCUUGUUCCGUAAUAUGUGCGCACCUGUGUUUGAGAGUGUAUGGCGAACACGUGUGUUUCCAUGCCACGUGCGUCCAGAGGUUGUAGCUCAGCGUCAGGACAGGGCUUUGAUGCCGUGCCAAUGCACUAGGAAGGAACUUGAAAGCUGAUCUGAGAUCUGAUUUGUUCACAUUUACAACUACAGAAAUAAAGCAUAAGUUCUGUCGCUUAUGUACCAUGGUUUUACCGUAGCCUCGGGUUAGUAGCUGCAACCAUCUGUCAACUUGGUCAUCGGUUGUGUUUAACAACUGUUUUGUAGAAUUAUUUCUUCAUGUUGGAAGCAUUUAAACACCUGAAAGGAAUCCUGUUUAUUAGUUGGAAGGAACUAGCAGAGACUAUUGGUGCCCCUGCUGGUUGUGUGUAGCUAGUGCAAUGAGCUAGCGUUGCUAAUUUAAAUCAAAGAACAGUGCUAGUCCAAAGGUGAGCACAUAGUGCAAAUCAAACAACCAGUGGUCGAUUGUUUAAUGAUUUUGCAUUUUGCACGCAAGUGUCAUAAUCUAAUGUGUAUGUACGGUGAGAAAGACAAGCACUAAUUCGAAAGCUACUCCAUCCAUCUAGGAACCUCUGUAGUCCAAUUAGGGACUGUGGACGGUAAUGGCGAGUGUGGUGGGAACGCUGGUCAACAUUCAUACACUCAUUCACACAUAAUACAGUUUAAGACUCUUUAAUUAACGAUGAAGCUUAUGAUUAAGCAACUGAUGAAGCUAAUGUUUUGCUGUUCUGAUUUGCUUUCCUGCUGCAGCAACCACACAGUCCGGAUAUUACAUAUUAGACUUCUGUACACAUACUGUAUAUAUAUAUAUAUAUAUAUAUAUAUAUAUGGGUGACCAGUACAAGUGUGUUUCACAAAAAGGUUUGUUACUGCCUCGUUAAUUUUGUAUUCCAAAUGUAUUCUAAAGAUUUUUUCGUUUGUUUAAUAAGCCGAGAUGUUUGUAUAAUAUUGUGAUAUAAAACUGCAGAGUAUGUGAUGUACUCAUUUUAAGUUCUGAUCCAAUACAGGCUUUCAUUAUUAAAGGAAUGCACUUUUUUUUUUCAUUGUAUUGCUUAUUUACUUUUGUAUUGGUGGGAUAAAGCUAAUUUUGAUAAACAAAUAAUGGAGGCAUCACCCAAAUUUUUAUUUUUAAAUAAGUAAUUAAAAGAGAUGAAUUUUAUUGUAUAGCUAUUCCAUAUAAUUUUCGGAGGGGGGCUUAAGGGCAGAAUGACCCCAUAUCAUGCAUACACACAUAUACACACAUAUAUGUAAACAUUAAAGCACUUUUUGUAAGUCGCUCUGGAUAAGAGCGUCUGCCAAAUGCCUAAAUGUAAAUGUAAAUAUACAGUACUGUAUAUACAGGUAGUGACUUACACACAAAUUCUUUUCGGGGAGCAUGUUCCUAAAUCGGAUUUGUUCUUAAGUCCAACAAAGUGAGUCUUAUACGCCUUUUACACAAAUAUACAAUGUAAAGCAUACCAAUCCACUUGAUUAAAUCUUUAUCACCUUUCCCCACACUGCCAUCAUGCCACCAAAAACUGUAACCAUGAGUAGGAAAUGAAUCUCACAAUGAAAUGUGAAAUGCUUUUAAAUCUCUAGGGGAAUCCCGGAUGCCAUUUUAUCUAAGAGCUGUUUUAUAUGUAUUGGACUGUGAACUUUGUCUAGAGAAUAUUCCGAAAUUGGGAUUAUUCACCAUCAGGACAGAUUUACAGGACAGCCAUUUUCUAUCAUUGUGCUCCCGGACUGAUUUAAUGAAACCGGUGAGGCCUUUCUCCUGCACACACAUGCGCAAACAAAAAUACCAGAUUUUAUCUGUUUGUAUCUGCAGAAAUGUACUCGAAUGUUUGUAACUCUGGGAAAGCCUGUAUAUACAGUAUGUACAUAUAUACAUAUAUGUGUGCCUAUGUGUGUUCAUAUAUUUGGAAAGUGGCUUGUUAAGUAGCUUCUUUAACACAUUAACCUUGUAGUUUGAGUAGAACAUGGCAUCUCAGUGGGAGCUUUUGGUUGUUGAAUAAAUUUUAAUGACGUUUAUUUUCAGUGUUACAUACAGCGUUGGUGUUACGUUGUUUUAAAACGUUCAAAUGAACCGAUUUGAUGAUUUGCCAUCUGAACAAAGUUGAGUAUAUGAUGUUGGUAUAACGUUGACUCAAUUAUUUUAACACAUUAUCGCAAGAAUUACUUUAAAACAGUAUUUAUACCAAACCAGUGUCCUAAGUGGGAUUUGAACUCGAGGCUCUGAGAAGAGAGUACUUUAUAUAUAGUUGGUAUAAAUUGUCUUUAGGCCGUUCAUUCAAUUUUAUUUCAAUGUAAAUUUAACAAAGUCAUUCUAACCUUUUAAAUACAACAUUGUCUCGAUUGUGAACGUUAUCGCGACGUCUUUGCAGCUAUAUUAUAACCAUCAUCCAACAUUAAGGUUCAUUCUUGCUGAGAUGCGAUAAUUGUGGAAAUUAGUUUUCAAUAUCAUUAAUCGGUUAUAUUAUGCUAAAUUGAUGUAUUAACUUGUAUAUGAUUUUAUCUGCCCUUUGCAAUUUGUUAAAGCUUAUUGGUUACAUAUUGAUACAAUUAUGACUGCUUAUAUUUCUGUCUCUUUUUUUCCCUGCUUUUGUAGAAAACUCUUGUCCUGAAUUAAUUAUGCAUUUCUGCAAGUGUCUGGUUGAUGACAUUCAGUUUAAGAAAAGUACCUUUAAUAAAAUGGCUAAACUUUCAGGUUGAUUAAGCACAGUAACGUCAUGCAUUGAAAACCUAAAAGGAAGAAAGCGUGAAAUCUAAUUAGUAUCAGAUCAAAAUUGUUCUUUGUUUGAAUGGAGACGUUUCUCCGCAUCUCAUCUCAAUCAUCUGCUGCUUUUCGAAAUUGGGCUCAGAUCUGACAGGCAUCAAUUUUUCAUUAUACAGUCUCAGCGAACAUCAUCUCAUCCCCCUGGUGCCCU